CGCGCCCCAAAGACCAUCAUGCCUGCCGAGCAGGACCUGCUGCGACUAUGCGGCGGCGCGCCGACGUCCUCGGACUCGCUCGUCACCGACAGCAGCGCCGUGCUCUCGGGCUGCAGCUCCCUCUCUGCCACGCCGACGACAGCGCGGCCCUCCCCCGCAGCGCGCGCGCCGCCGGCCGCCGCGGCGCCUGCGACGACGACGCUGUCUGUCGAGGGCAUGAUGUGCAGCCACUGCACGGGCAAGGUGGAGCAGGUCCUGUCAGCGGUCGCCGGCGUGAAGAACGUCGUCGUUGACCUGAAGGCCAACACCGCGGUCGUGACCGGGAGCGCGGACGAGGCUGCGCUGGUCGCGGCCGUCGAGGGCGCCGGCUUUCGCGCGCGCGUCGCGGGCGGCCCGCCGACGACGACGCUGUCUGUGGAGGGCAUGAUGUGCAGCCACUGCACGGGCAAGGUGGAGCAGGUCCUGUCAGCGGUCGCCGGCGUCGAGGGCGUCGUCGUCGACCUGAAGGGCAGCUGCGCGGUGGUGACGGGGAGCGCGGACGAGGCUGCGCUGGUCGAGGCGGUCGUCGACGCGGGCUUCAAGGCGGCGCUGGCGUCGGGCGCCGCCGACGAGGCGGGCGGCGCGAGAGGCGGUGCGCCGGAGGGGCGCGGCGGUGCGCUCGCUUUCGAGGCGCCGGCUUCCCUUGAGGCGGUGGCGGUCGAGAUCAGCGCCUCUCCGCUGCCAGGGAGCCCGAUCCCGCCAAAGGCGGGCAAGGACUCGAGCGCGGCGCUGCUGCUUCCCCGGUCCGCCCUCGGCACCUCCCCCGCGCGCUCCAAGCAGACCAAGAAGGCCGAGGAGAGCGGCGGGUCUGUGACGCUCGGCGUGGGCGGGAUGACGUGCGACUCGUGCCGCACGGGCGUGGAGCGGUGCCUCGCCGCCCAGCCUGGGGUGACUUCGGCGGCCGUGUCGCUGAUGGGGCGGCGCGCCCUCGUCUCCUUCGACCCGUCCCUCGUCUCGCCGGCAAAGCUCGCCGAGGCAGUGCAGUCGCUCGGCUUCGACGCGACGGUGAUCGACGACGGCGAGUCGCCCUUGUCCGCGGGCCCGCUCUCCUCGUCCGCCCUCUCGAGGGAGGCGCUCUCGUGGCGGCGGCAGUUCCUCGGCUCGCAACCCCUCGCGGCGCCCCGCUCUCUCGUCUUCUCGGUCCCGGUCUUCGUCAUCGCGAUGGCUCUCCCCGUCGACACCUUUGGCGGCGGGGAGGCGCUGCCCGGUCUCCCGUGGCGCACCCUCCUCCUCUGGCUCCUCGUCACGCCCGUCCAGUUCGGAUUCGGGUGCCAGUUCUACCGGCGCGCCUUCCGCGCGCUGUCGCACGGCUCGCCAAACAUGGACGCGCUCGCGUCGAUGCUCAUCACCUUCAUUCUGCUCGGAAAGUACCUCGAGGCGUCCGCCAAGCGGAAGACGUCCGAGGCCCUCUCCAAGCUAGUCUCGCUCGUGCCGCCGACCGCGCUGCUCUGCCCGCCCGGCUCGCUGCCCGGCGCCGGCGGCGACGACGGCGACGAGGCGGCGCGCAGCGUCCCCGUCGCAGACUUGCGCACGGGCGACGUGGUGCAGGUGCCGCCGGGCGCUCAGCUGCCGGUCGACGGCGAGGUGGUGCACGGCUCGUCCGAGGUGAACGAGCACAUGGUGACGGGCGAGCCGGUGCCCGUCCCCAAGGCGGAGGGCGCGCAGGUGCUCGCCAAGAUCAUGAAGGUCGUGUCGGACGCGCAGAUGCGGCGGCCGGACGUGCAGGCCUUCGCCGACCGCAUCUCGUCCGUCUUCGUGCCUGCGGUGGUCGCGCUCGCCCUCCUCACGCACCGCGCCUCGUCGCUCGCCUUCAUGUUUGGCUGCGCCAUCCACCUGCCGCCCAUGUUUGCCGGCGCGGCGAUGGCCCUCUCCUCCGUCUCGGUGGUGUGCUCCUCCCUGCUGCUCCGCUGCUACCGACCCCCCAAGCUGCCGCGGCACUGCGCCGCGCAGCUCGACGGGGCCGCGUCGACGCGCGCCUCGGUCGAGGUGUAGAGGCGAGCGAGCCGAGAGGACGCAGCACCAGCACCAGCAGGAGAGCUAGAGCUCUCAACUUCACCGGCCGCUCCCGUCGGCCACACGCAGGCCUCUUUUUUUUGGAUAUCGGGUUUGUACUAAAAUGUGGUCGUGGUCGUCGUGCGCAUGUGUGACAGGGCCAGUGAGCGAGGGCGUUGCGUACCUGUACCGGACCCUAAAAAGAA